AAUCCGGGAUGCUGGGAUCAGGACUCUGGCGAAGUGGUGUUGGGCUCCGCUGUGGGAUCCGCCUCUCCUCUUCCUGCCCGCGGAACAGCGAGUGUCCGUCAGCGCCUCACUGCACCGGCUCUCUGCCUCAGCCUGCAGGAAAUGUAUCAACCAAUCGCAGAAAGGAACCUGGUUCAGCCAAUCAGAGCUGACGGGAAGACCCUUUCCAACAGUAUAAAAUCCUGUCCCGGAGGACGUUCCGUCUAUCUUGUUCCUGUGUUUCAGCCUGUGUUCUCAGUUCUGAGGGAGAAUGGCCCGGACCAAGCAGACAGCGCGUAAAUCGACCGGAGGGAAAGCUCCUCGCAAACAGUUGGCGACCAAAGCGGCGCGGAAGAGCGCUCCAGCCACCGGCGGAGUGAAGAAGCCUCAUCGCUACCGGCCCGGCACCGUGGCUCUGCGGGAGAUCCGGCGCUACCAGAAAUCCACCGAGCUGCUCAUCCGCAAACUUCCCUUCCAGCGCCUGGUGCGGGAGAUCGCUCAGGACUUCAAAACCGAUCUGCGCUUCCAGAGCUCGGCCGUCAUGGCCCUGCAGGAGGCUAGCGAGGCUUACCUGGUCGGGCUGUUUGAGGACACUAACCUGUGCGCCAUCCACGCCAAGCGAGUCACCAUCAUGCCCAAGGACAUCCAGUUGGCCCGCCGCAUCCGCGGGGAGCGCGCCUAAACCCGGCCUCCACAACAAACACAAGAAAAGGCUCUUUUAAGAGCCACUACCACAGCAAAGGACAGGGCUGU